ACUAUUCAUUGUCGUUUUAAAAGUACCUGGAACAAAUACCCAAUUGUCGCCGGUAUGCCAAUUAAAGCAGCUUUAAUUGAUUUAAGUGGAACUUUGCAUGUCGAAGAUCAACCCACACCGGAUGCUGUCAAUGCACUCAAAAGAUUACGAGAAUCUGGUAUUUUUAUAAGAUUUGUAACAAACACAACUAAGGAGUCCCGACAAACUUUAUUGCAACGUCUAUUGACCAUUGGUUUCCAAUUGGAAAAGGAUGAAAUUCACAGCUCAUUGAGUGCUGCGGUGGAUUAUGUGAAAAAGGAACAACUAAAUCCUUAUUACUUGGUUUGUAAAGAUGCUCGUACAGAUUUCCCAGCUAAUGACGAUGAGAAACCAUUCGAUUCGGUGGUGGUUGGUCUGGCACCAGAUGAAUUUCACUAUGAAAAUCUAAAUAAGGCAUUUAAUAUUUUGCUAGCCAAUAAAACCCACAAACUAAUUGCCAUACACGAGGGUAAAUAUUACAAACGUAAAGAUGGUUUAGCAUUAGGUCCUGGAUGUUUUGUGAAGGGCCUUGAAUACUCAAGUGGAACCAAAUCGAUUUUAAUUGGCAAACCAAAUGAAUAUUUCUUUAAGAGUGCCAUAGAUGGCACGGAUAUUGCAAUAGAAGAUUGUGUUAUGAUCGGUGAUGAUACGAAAGACGAUAUUGUUGGUGCUAUGAAAGUGGGCCUCAAAGGCAUACAAGUGAAAACGGGCAAGUAUUUACCGGAUGUUUUGGCAGAGCCACCACCCACAGUUUUGGUCGAGAACUUUUCCGAGGCUGUCAAUUGGAUUUUGGAAAAUAAAUAAAUGCAC